CCCGACGGUAAGAAAUUAAAGGCGAGCACUCUUCCGUAAACGACAAAAACAACGGGUGCUACUUCCUGUGGUCCUCAGACAGUUUUUUCAGUGUGGAUUUAAUUUCGUUUUGUGUCUUUUGUGAUGGACCGUAGUAGAUCCCCUGACAGAGCUGGUAGAGAGAAAAAACACGAUAAGAAGAAGAAACGGAGACGGUCCUCCUCUUCAUCGUCGUCAUCGUCACCCGGCAGCAGGAGUCGAAGCACAUCGUUAAAAAAAGCACCACGCAAGAGUCGAGAUGUGAAAACACAAAAAAAGAAACGCAAAAGGAGCUCCUCCUCUUCUUCUUCGUCAACUAACUCUUCUUCCUCGUCCUCUUCAUCCUCGUCGAGUGAUGAAAAGACCAAGAGGAAGAAAAGCAAAGCCAAGAAGAAGAAGCUGAAGAAGAAAAAGGCGAAGCUGAAAAAGCAGAUGAAAAAGGAGAAAAAGAAGAAAGAGAAGCAGAAGAAGAAAGCAGAGGUGCUUCCGUCCGCUGGUCCGGCGGAGAAGCGUCUAUCUCACCUGGAGGUGUGGAACGAGGAGGGGGCAGUGGAGCUCGGACCUGUCAUGACAGACGAACAAAAGGCCAGACUGUCCACUAAACGGCCUCUCACCAAAGAGGAGUAUGAGGCCAGGCAGAGUGUGAUUCGCAAGGUGGUGGACCCUGAAACAGGACGCACCAGAUUGGUGAGAGGAGAGGGAGAGAUCAUAGAGGAGAUAGUCAGCCGAGAAAAACACAAAGAUAUCAACAAGCAAGCCACCAAGGGAGAUGGGAACGCCUUCCAGAGAAAAUUGGGAAUGAAUAGAUAGUGCUGGGUAUUAAACUUCAAUACUUUUAUGGCAUCAAUUGAAUUACUUCAAUAACAGAGUAUCGAAAAAUGCUUUUCUACAUUUUUAUUGACGCUAACAGAACUAGGUUGUGGUAAAUAGGUUGACCUUUCAUGUUAUGAAACUGUGCAAAAAAUGGCAAGGAAUUGAAAAAUCAAACUAAUGAUUUGUACCUAAAUGUGUAAUGUAUGUUUUAUUUAAAUUUUAUUUUAUAAAAUUGGUAUUGAAAUAAGUAGCAGUUAGGAACCGGUAUCAAUGUCAUUGUAUCGGUAUCAAACAUUUUGGAAUAAUACCCAGCCCUAUCAACAGGUAGAAGAUGGAGUUGUCUCCUUCAGGAGUGCAGCCUCUGUAAGGUGAAACUGGCUAAAGUUUAUUUAGAAUAAUCAACUAAAUGCAUUUAGUAUGCUUUUUCUAUCAAAGAUCUGCCUGUGAUUGAACUGUAUAGUAGUGAAUGUACAAAGUAAUAGGGACAAGUCCUCUUGAUGUACACUGAGCUAAAUCCAGUUAAGUAAUUCUCUCCUGUUGAUUUGCCCUUUUAAAAUCAUCAACACAGUGAGGAUGUCCCAAAUAGUUUGCACAUCCAAUGUGUGUUUACACUGUUUUGUGCGUAUUCAUUUUUGCUUAGUUCAGCAUGUAAAUGCAAGGAUCAAUCCUAAAUGAACUUCUGAGGAUGUCUGACAUGUAAUAGUGCCAACAGUCUGAGCAUUAAAUAAAUACUUUAUCUGAAACCUGGUACAAAAUCAUAGGCCUUUGCAUCACUUAAUAUGAAACAUUAAAAAGUUGAUUUAAGUGUUCAGUAUCCUGCAUGUCUAGAGGGAUAGUCUACAGAUUUUUGUUUGUUGUGUACUUAUGUGUAUCCUCAUCUUUGCACCUCGCAUUUUAAUUUCGGCUCAAUCAAGUUGCAAACAUUAACUUCUAAAGAAGUUGAAAUCAAUACCAGUAAUUAAACCUGACAUUUUUAGUUAGCGACAUGUCAAAACAUUUAUACACAUUUUACAACCUUUUUGACAAUCUCCCUUAAAUAUUGGAUGAAACUAUCCUUGUAAUCAAGCUGAGCCAUUCAUGACAGUGGUAUUAUGCAGAGUGUGGAAAAAAAGGCCAACAUUAGUUUGUUGUUCUUUAUACACUGUACAUAAAAACACAAUUUACCAAGGAAAGUUGUGUGUAUAUACAGUCUAUGAAUGCUAACUGUUGAAACAGUUGUGCCAUUUGCAUUGCCUAAUGUUGGUGAAAUAUGUCAAAUCAACCUCUCCUUUGUACAUUUGCUUUACAUUGAAAACAAACCAAAGCCUUUUAAGAAAAUAUGGCCUUUUCCCAUUUCCACAAAUUAAAGCGUACACAAACAAUCUAUUCAGUAGACUCUGUUGUUUUCCACAAAGUCGGGUCGGGUGCGGGCAGUGUUCAUUGUAGGCCUUGCAACACAAUGGUCAAUGUAAGGCAGAACAGGGAAAUGUAAGGCCUCUGGUAAUGUUUGUGGCAGUAGCAGAAUCAAAUCGACUGUCUGCCUAAACUUCCUAGAUCACCACACCACUUUGUCGUUAAAUUCUCUGGAUUGUAACACCCUGGCAACUCAGAUCUCUGCGGAAGGGAAUAUGGUUUAGUAGUUGCAAAGUUUAAAUGGGUACUCCUGGAAAACAUUCUCAUUUUCUAUCCUUUUUUUUCUACUGACUAUGAAUGUAUGAACAGAUAUUCUUUAAUCAUCAGCUUUCCAAAGAGGUGUCUGUAUGGCUUUAAGCCGAAUCUUGAAAAAGUCGAAAUGCAGAGGGCCAUUUGCACAGUACAAAACACACCUUCCUUUUGACUGAGGUUAUACUGUAAUUAUCUUUGCACAAGGAUUUACACUCAAUUGUCUAAAACUUUGUCUACCCUCAUUCAUGUGCAGUGGACAAAAUAUUAGAAACACCUCUCAGUGUAACACAAUGCAAUUCAACAGCACCACAAUUCACAGCCUCCAAAAUGACCAUUAAUUUGAAUUGGUACUUCUGUAAAGUGUUCCAACAAAAACUGAACAUUAUCAGCUUCAUAAAGUUUUAUUGCAGGGCUGUGUAUUAGACCCCAUUAAUAUCAGCUAGGUGUACCUAAUAGACUAGCAACUGAGUGAUGAUUUUUUGUCAUUUUUACAGUUAAUCUAGGCGCCCAUGUCUUAGAAUGGAGACAUCACCACAAAAACAAAGACUGAGCAUGUGUGUACACAGGAGUAAGCCUCCUGUCAUGGUCACUUUACUGGGAGAAAUCUCUGUCCCUGUGCCUUUGUGUAGGUCAGAGCCAUGUCGAGAUAUGCUCUGCAAUCUGAAACCUGUAGAGCAUGUGCCUGUUCAACUGAUUGUCAAUGCAUGGUGGAAUUUCCCCAACACAGUCUGAUCUUGUGGUGUGGUUGAGUCAUAUUGCACGCUUCCCCUUACAUCUGAGUCCAUAUUGGUCCAUUGCAGUCAAUUAUGUACAUGCCUAUUAGAGGGACAUCAUUUGAAUGAAUAAAUCAAACUUUUUUUUUUUUUUACCCAGAAAUAAAUGGCCAACAGC